AUGAGUAAUUUUGGACAGAUCCUAAAGGAGAUUGGGGAGUUUGGUUUAUUUCAUAAGCUUUUACUAGCUGCGUUAUGUCUUCCUGGUAUUUUUACAGCUUUUGAACUGAUUGGCCAGGUGUUCACGGGAAUGAACUUCCCGCAUCACUGUGACACUGGCUGGAUUUUGGCCCAUGGCUCUAACUUGACAUAUGAGAGACAAAAAAAUCUCACCCUACCUGUGAACAAGGAUGGAGAGUUUGAAAGCUGUUUAAUGUUCACACCUGUGGAUUUGGAUUUGGAAACCAUUGAAGCAUAUGGGAUUGACAGCACCACGAAGUGUGUAAAUGGAUGGGAUUACGAGGCACCCGAGGGCGCUUCCAGCAUUGUGACAGAGUUUAAUCUGGUGUGUGACAGAAGUAGCUUGCGUGCAGCGUCACAGUCCAUCUUCAUGGCAGGUCUUCUUGCUGGAGCUCUGAUAUUUGGGCCAAUGGCUGAUAGGUUUGGCCGACGCUUUGUGAUCCUCCUAUCAACCCUCCUGUUACUAUUGUUUGGUGUGGGUGCUGCUUUCUCUCCCAGCAUCUAUGUCUACAUGGUUGCCAGAUUUGUAAGUGGCACCGCAGUUUCUGGCAAUAUGAUGAACUCAUUUGUGAUAGGUGCAGAGUGGACUGAUUCCUCUCGGGUUGCUCUCUUCACCUAUGUCCCCCUCAUCUUUGUCCCUGUUGGACUGACGGUGUUGGCAGGCAUCGCCUACUUGAUCCGCAGCUGGAGGACCUUGCAGCUGGUGCUUUUCAGCCCCCUGCUCCUGGUUCUGGCGAUCUUCUACUGGAUUCUCCCAGAGUCAGCUCGCUGGCUUAUGACUCAGGGCAGGAAGGAGGACUUGCAGAGGGAGAUCCGGAGGGCAGCCAGGAUGAACCGGAGGAAGGUGCCAGAGGCUCUGCUGGAACAGAUGCGGGUUGAGGGUUCAUCCAAAAAAGGCAGCAUGAUGGACAUCUUCAGGAUAUCAUAUUUGAGAAAACGUGCUCUCAUAAUGAACUGUGUCUGGUUCGGAGCAAGUAUGGUUUACUUUGGACUGAGCCUGAGUGUUGGGGACUUUGGCCUGGAUAUCUACCUCACACAGUUCAUCUUUGGCAUUGUGGAAAUCCCUGCAUACCUUGGCAGUUUAGCUUUUAUUCAGCAUUUUGGGAGGAGAAUAUAUCAAGCAGGAGUCUUACUGAUUUCAGGCUGUGCUUGCCUUGUGAUCCCUGCCAUUCCUAAGGACCUUCCUGUAGUGGUAACAGUCAUAGCAGUACUGGGAAAGUUUGCUGCCAGUGCCUCUUACUCCACAAUCUUUGUUUAUACAGCAGAACUGUAUCCUACUGUUAUAAGGCAAAACGGUUUUGGUUUAAAUUACAUGUGUGGUCGUGUAGCGCUCAUCCUUGCGCCUCUGAUCAGACUCCUGGAUGUCUACCAUCACUCCAUCCCCAUGGUGUUAUAUGGCAUCCUCUCCCUGGCUGCCGGGGGUCUCUGCUUUUUUCUACCUGAGACCCUCCAUGUUGGACUCCAGGACCACGCAGAGCCCAUGAAACGAGAGAAUGCAGAGAUGGUAUUCUGCGAUGAAGAUGAGAUAUCAGCGUUGAGAUUACAAUCGUAAUUUAUGAUGAAAUAAUAGGAUGAUUUUGUAACGUUUUCAGAAUUUCAUCAUUGUCCAUCC